UUUAGGCGUGCAAAGUGCCAGUGUGUGAUUCUGGAAUAAUUUAAAAAAAAAAAACUUUUUUAUAAAUUAUUUUAUUCCUUCCCCCAGCAAAUAAAUUACUAAUUUAUUAAAAAAAAAUAUCCAACGAAUUUUAAAUACUAUUUUAAUAAAGGUUGAACAAAAGGCGAAAAGGCGAAGUCAGACCUCAACCUCAGAGAAGAAGCUGAACGCGUUGCAUCAAAAAGUGUGAGAGCAUCGAAAAGUUAGAAAAAAAAGCAGAAGAAAACGUGGUUUUUCUGGACGACAAGAAAGAUAAAGAAAGAAACCCCAGAUCUAUCAUCUAAAUGGAGGAACAAAAACCCAUUCAAAAUGACACUAACAAUCCGGAGGUGCCAACUACUGAAGAAGUUACUUCAACGACACCAGUAGUUGAAGUAACUAAACGGUCCCUUCGUGUUCAAACAUGGAGGAAAAUCCAAGAGCAGUCUGCAGGUGUCGUUGUCAAUGGAAUUUUCAAUCGUAUUCCUGAUUUUGUCGACAAUCAGAAGGCUGCUGAGUUACUUGCCGAGACUCCUGAAUUUAAAAAGGCCAAUAAAAUAAAAGUAAACAUCGACCGAGCAUUAGAUUCUGUGAAAUUGCAAGUGCUGGCUGCUGGCAAAGAACUCUAUCUACCUGGUACACGUGAGUCAAAUGCUCUUUAUCUCAAAGUUGAGUGUCCAGCUGAAGCUGAUGCUGCUGAAAGAAAGGCGAUUAUUCAUGUUCAAGAUAUUCAAAAAUCUAGAACUGAAAUUUUACUUGAAAAUAAAGUAAAGUUCGACUUGGUUGUCAUCGGAUCAUGCCUGGUAUCCCGCGAUGGAUAUCGUAUUGGUCGUGGCAAUGGAUUUGCCGAUCUUGACAUUGGGUUGCUCAUUGAAAUUGGAUCAAUUACACCAGAUACUGUUAUUGCAACUUUUGUCCAUGACUUACAGGUUGUAGAUAAUCUACCAACAAAUCUUUUCCAAAAAUACGAUACUCCAGUUGAUUUAAUUGUUACACCAACAGAAGUCAUUCGAGUUGCAAAACCACUACCUCGUCCAACUGGACUAUUUUGGGAAAUUUUAUCUGAGCGCCGACUUAAGAUAAUUCCAGUAUUGCAAGUACUCAAAGAAAAUGAGGAAAAAGCUGGAAAAAUCAUUACACUCAAAGAAGAAAAUACUGACGUUGAAAGUAGUGCUAACAAGAACUACCAACGUAGACGCCGUCCAUAUAGACCAAGGGCACGAAGAAGUGAAACUCAAAGCGAGCGACCCAGACGAAAGAGACAACCAGGUGGCAGGAGACCUCGCUCAACCAAGUCAAAGAGCGAAGCUAGUGCGGCUGAGGAUAACAAAGAAGACGCUCCACAAAAACAAAACAAAAAUAAGGAACAACAGUCGGACAAACCACGUCGUCGACGUCAACGACAAGGCAAACCGGUUUCGCCAAAAGAACGUUUCUGCGUCAAGGUCACCAAUAUCCCUAAAUACAUUCGCGUAAAGGACCUCAAGACCGAACUUCGAAAACGUGAAGUCAAUCCACUCUACAUCACAUGGAAGGGUACGAGGGGUCAAUUGGGCAAAUGCUAUUUGCACUUCCCCAAACUUGAACUCUCGACCGAAGCAGAUGACGAUGUCAGCAGUGUAUUGAAAUCACUAUCUGAGCUGCAAAUUACUGCUGGGGAACAAAACGAAACAUGUGUCCUCACAACGGAAUUGAUUAAAUUCGACGCUAAAGCCGAAUUAGCCAAACAUGAUGAAGCGGUGCUUGAAUCACACUCUUCUCAGCGAAUUGAGUCAGUGGACACGACAACUGUAUAGUAUGAGCUGCGUGCUGUUCUAGAACGGCUGUACUUUUGGUUGGGACAUUUGGAGUCGUGCUUGAAACGAGAAGGAGUUGUUGCUUAGUGUCCUUACACAUACUAACGAGCAUUUUACAUGAAGUCAUACAUAUAUUAUGAAUUAUAAUUUUUUUUUAAAUGUCUCUCCACUUCUCUUAAUAAGUUUUGUAUUUUUUUUAAUUUUUCUACUUUUUUUAAUCCAUCUGAAGAUGAAAUGUUUUUUUUUUUUUGGGUAGCAUGUUGCCCCCGAUUACCAUGCAACAUAAUUUAAUUUUUUUAUUAUUCCCUAAUUAGCUCUGGAUGUCCCCCGAAAAUACAUUUCAAUAGUUUUUUUUUUUUUUUGAAAUUUUUUAUAAUAUAUAUAAAUAUAUGCAAGGAAAUAAACAAAGUUUUCUUUUUUAAAUGACCAUUUAAAGUUUAUAAACAAAUACAAUAGCAGUCUACAAUUUUUUUUUUAUUCGCCUGUGCAAUGCGCUGUUCAAUAUAGUUUAGUACUAAAAAACGAAAAAUAAUAAAAACAAUAAAGCAACACAAAAUAUUAAUUGUAAAAAGUAAAUUAUUGUAAAGUUGACAAGAAUAAUAGAACUAACUUAUAAGCUUUUAUUUAAAAAAAAAAAAAACACAGUAACCACUCCAAAUAAAAAUAAGAAUUUAAAUAUUUCUUAUUUUAUCCACUUGGCGCAUUUUUUUUUUAAUUUUUUUACAGAAAAAUACUGAAAAUCAAAUAAACAAUUUAUAACCAAUGCGAGUAAAAAAAUAUAUACAUAUUUUAUUUUUAUAUUCCUUUUAUUUUUAUAUAUUUCCGUUGCAAAUUUACAUUACACAAACAAACCCACACAAAACACAAGCGUAGGUAUAUUAAAUAACAAAAAUAAAAAACAAACAAAAAAAAAA